UAAACCCUUGUCUUAGUCUUUAACAUUCUCUCGUGCUUGCUUACUCAAUACAGUUACAAUUUCUCUUUUUCAAUCAUCAGAAUCAAAAUAUAGACUCUAGAAUAGAACAAUGCAGGAAGAACAUCGUCAUCCCCAUAAUUCUGCCUCACAACAAGUGGCACAUGGUACGGUGGAACAUCAUGAUGAACAUGAGAAAAAAUCGGUUCUAAAGAAAGUGAAGGCAAAGGCUAAGAAAAUUAAGGACACAAUCACAAAGCAUGGUCACCAUGAUGAUCAUGAACAUGGUCAUGGUCAUGGUCAUGAUCAAUAUCACUAUGAAAAUCAACAUAUCCCUGAUGAUCAUGACUUGGAUGAGGAAGAUGAAGUGGAUGAAGACCCAGAAAUCCAUGGAGCACCAAUAUAUGACAGUGCUCCAGCUAGAAAUGUGACACCACAAGGGCAAGGAGUGAAUUUUGGAGGCACAAGUAUCAUGGGAGAAGGACAUGAUCAUGAGCCAAGAGUAUUAGUUGUUAAACCAACUAGAACAACAAUUGUUAGGGAAGAGAUAACAAUUGUGCAACCUAAGGUUGAUUUGGUGGAAGAUCCUCAUGCACCAGGAAGUAGAUUUGAUGCACAUGCUCCAGCCAAUUAUCAAACCAAAGUCACUGAUCCAACUGGGGCAGGUGCUGCAGAAAUGGACAUAACCCCAAUUGCAAAAUCAAUCGACAGAAUGACGGUUCACAAUGAACCAAUACCAAGCCACCAACCACAUACUCUUCCAACUAUUGCUGAAACACAAACCCCUUCUCUAGGAAUCCAUAACCAAUUUUCUCCAGAGCUCUCUACAGCAACCAAAACACCUUAUCCAUCAUCUACUAUAACACAUGACCAAAAUUUACCACACCUAUCCAGUGAAAUCAAAACUCAAUAUCCCCAAAGCCAUGAACAAUUUACACCAGUUUUUUCCACUUCAACACAUAGUCAAAACCCUACUCAUCACCAAAACUUGUCACAAAAGUUACCUUCUGAUCCCAUAAAUCAGCACCAUUUUGCAACAAGUCAUGACCAAAACUUGCCACAUUUUUCCAAUGUGACAAAAACUCAAUACCCUUCUGUUACAGGACAUGAUCAUUCUACACCACAUUUACAACGAACUGAACCUGGACUUGAACACUCUCCUGCCAUAAGACAUGAUCAACAUCUGCCACUUUCUUCCGGUGCGAUGGAAUCUGAAUACCCUUCUGUUACAAGCCAUGAUCAUUUUACACCACAUUUACAAAGAACUGAACCUGGACUUAAACACACUCCUGCCAUAAGACAUGAUCAACAUCUGCCACUUUCUUCCGGUGCGAUGGAAUUUGAAUACCCUUCUGCUGGUAGCCAUGAUCAGUUUAAAUCAGAAUUGCUACCAACUGAACCUAAGGCUCGACACCAUUAUGCUACAAACUUGCCACAACAUUCCAGUGCAAGACCUCAUCACCCUUUAAACACUAGUGAAGACCAAUAUUUGUCACCAUAUUCUAGUGCUACUGAGGCUAAUCCUCAACACCAAUCUGCUACAAACUUGCCACAUCAUUCAGGUGCAAUGCAAACUCCGUACCCAUCUUCUGGAAGCCAUGAUCAGUUUAGGGCAGGGUUACCAACUGAACACCAUUCUGCUACAAGUCAUGGUCAAUAUAUGCAACCACAACACUCUAGUGCAAUGAAAACUCAAAACCCUUCAGCUGGAAGCCAUGAACAGUACAACAAAAACACAACACUUGGAGAACAACCGCAUCUACACUAUGAAUCAAUGGAGAACUCAUCAAACCAAGGCAACAACACUUACACAGACAAAAUCUACUCUGCAACUUCUGCAAUUGCCGACACAGCUGCCGGUGCUAAAAAUGCGGUAGCUUCGAAGCUUGGAUAUGGAGAGAAAGGGGAGACAACUACUGCUGAAGCGCCAUUGAAUCAAAGCAGUUACACAGACAAAAUCUACUCUGCAGCGUCUGCAGUCACUAACAAAGCCGCUGAUGCUACAAACGCGGUUGCUUCAAAGAUUGGAUAUGGCAGUGAAACAGGCGAGACAACAACUGGUGAAAGGCCAACAAGCCAGGUCAGUUACCCAUCUGUAACAGCUGCAGUCAUAGACAAAGCCGCCUUGGCUAAAAACGCUGUCACGUCGAAGCUUGGAUACGGUGAAGGAGGUGAAACAACAACUGGUGAAACUCCUACUAACCAGAGCAGCUACACAGACAAAAUCUAUAAUGCAGCUUCUGCAGUCACCGACAAAGCUGCUGGUGCUAAAAAUGCCGUUGCUUCAAAGCUUGGAUACGGUGAAACAAAUGAAACAACACCUGGUGAAAGGCAAUCAAACCAGACCAGUUACCCCUCUGUGACAGCUGCUGUCAUUGACAAAGCUGCCUUGGCUAAAAACGCUGUGGCAUCGAAGCUUGGAUACGGUGAAGAAGGCGAAACAACAACUGGUGAAACUCCAUCGAACCAAAGCAGUUACACAUCUACAAUAGCUGACAAAGCCGCCACAGCUAAAAAUACGGUUGCUUCAAAGCUUGGGUACGGUGAAGAAGGCAAAACAACAGCUGGCGAUACUCCAUUGAACCAAAGAAGUUACACAUCUACAAUAGCUGACAAAGCCGCCACAGCUAAAAAUGCGGUUGCUUCAAAGCUUGGAUAUGGCGAAACAGGAGUAACAACAAAUGAAACUCCGUCGAAUCAGAGUAGCUAUACAGAGAAAAUUUCAUCUGCAACAUCUGCAAUAGCUGAUAAAGCUGCAUCAGCUAAAAACGCAGUAGCCUCAAAGCUUGGCUUCGGCGAAAAGGGUGCAACUGAGACAGAGAGAAUGACAACCUACGAAGAGAACAAUUCUGGAGUCUCACCUGCAGAAUAUGGAAAGAAUAUUGCAGCUUCCUUGACAGAGAAGUUAUCUCCAGUUACUGGCAAAGUUAUCGGCACAGGAACUGAAAGAGUAACUGCUGGUGUAGAACAAGAUAAAGGAGUAUCAAUGAAAGACUAUUUCUCCGAAAAGUUAAGACCAGGUGAAGAAGAUAGAGCUCUCUCUGAGGUAAUAUCUGAGAAGCUGUACAAGAAAAAUGUAGAUGAAGCUGUGGAAGAUGUUUAUGAUGAAGGAGAAGGACGAAAUGCAAGGAAAGUGGUUUCCAAUGCUGUGCACAAGAGAGGAGGAGAUGAUGGAAAGGAAGUGCAUAGGCCAAGAGGGAAGGUGACUGAGAGUGAAGAAGUGAAGAGGAGGUUAGGAGGUUGGGAUGAUGAGAUUAAAGAUGGGGAGUUUGGUAAAGGUAUGGUUGAUAUGGUUAAGGAAACUGUUGGAUCUUGGUUUGGGAAACCAGGGGAAAAUGAAUCAACUCAAGGAAGUGAAGGAAUGCCUAGGAAUACUGGUGCUGAGGUUGGACAGGUUCAUCAAACUGCAGGUGAAAGAAGACUUCAGGAUUCAGCUCAUUGAAGAAUUGGUUUCUUCUGUGAAUUAUCAUAAUUAUAUGUUUAUGUGUAUUUUGUUUUUUCUUUAAAGUUGUGUUUGUUUAAAUGUUUGGAUGUUUAUUAUGAUGUUUUGUGGAGACUACAAAACUGUGUUACUAUAAGUUUAUUAUAAUGUUUGAAUGCUUUCAAAGCUAUAUUUCAAGACUAUUGGGUGUAUAUCUGAGGUGGUUUGAUACAUUUCUACAUCUAAUGACUUACAAUGUUCCUA